AUGGGUGUAUUAGUACCACAUUUGCACCAAGUCUGGCUAGAGCUACAAAGAAACUUAACCAUCGACACCUUCCUCUUCUUUGCUCUUCUCUUUUCAUUUUUUGCUUUUCUCACAAUCACUAAAUCAAGGGGCAAACUUAACUUAACACCAUCCCCACCAAAGCUUCCGAUAAAUGGGAACCUUCACCAGUUAGGCACAUUACCACACCGCUCUCUUCGAGCUGUCUCCGAAAAAUAUGGUCCUCUCCCGCUCAUGCACUUAGGCCUUGCUCCAACUGUUGUGGUUUCAUCUGCAGAAUUUGCCGAAGAAAUUAUGAGGACUCAUGACAUUGUUUUCUCCAACCUGAUCAAAACCACAGCUGAAGAUAUUUUGUACUUUGGAUGCAAAGACAUUGGUUUUGCUCCCUAUGGUGACUACUGGAGACAAGUUAGGAAACUAUGUGUUCUUGAACUUUUGAGCCAUAAGGGAGUACAAACAUUUCAGUUUAUGAGGGAAGAAGAAGUUGCAAUUUUGGUCAGUAAGAUUCGCAGAGCAAGUUUGUCCGGGGCUUAUGUCAAUCUAAGUGAGAUGCUGGUUGCUAACCUAUUGUACUGGUUUGAUUGGAAGCUCCCUUGUGAGGGUGCCAUGGGGAGAGACUUGUGUAUGAGUGAAGUCAAUGGCCUAACUGUUCAUAAGAAAAUCCCUCUUCACCUUGUUCCAAUACCAUACUCUUCGAUUCAUCACUUGAGAGAUUGUUGA